AUGAUUUCCAAAGUUCAUUUAACGUUCCUAAUCGUGUCGAUUGUCGCUAAAUGCUCCAUCGGACAAAUACCGUCUCGCGACGAAACCCUGAGCUGCCGUGGAGAAUCUGGUGAACCGGUGGAUUGGUACUAUCUGUAUAAACUUCCGAAGGAAUCGUCACAGCGCGAUUCCCCAUCUAACGGGUUGCGAUACGCGUACGUAACAUCCAAGGAUGAAGCUGGUGCACCGGGUGUGCCGUUGCAGUGGCAUUCCGCGCGUUAUGACGUGAAUCAGUCCUCCAGUGCACCCGGCAGAACGAUCGCUUUGGCAACGGGAAAACAUUCGGGCGCCAUUUUGACGAUCAUGUACAACGAUGAACCCGCAAACGGGCCGGUCGAUUUCGAACGUGGCCACACUAAGGGGGUGGUCAGUACGGAUGGUACUACGGGUUUCUGGUUGGUGCACUCGGUUCCAAAGUUUCCUCCACCUAUCGGAAGCGAUUAUAGCUAUCCACACACCGGCAUGCUAUACGGACAAAGCUUCCUGUGCGUCUCACUCGACGCUUCGCAGAUGGAAACCGUGGCCCACCAGCUGCUGAUGAACGAAGUGACCGUGUACUCGUCCAACGUACCCGCUGACCUUGCUGGCCACUUCCCGACGCUGGACCGAGUGGCACGUAUGGCACCGGCAGAUAAAUCGCCACCAUUUUACAGUCAGAAAACGAUCAAAUCACGUGCGGGCGUCGAUUUCGAAACGUUUGCCAAAAGUCGCAGCUUCGGUAAGGAACUGUACGCCGAUUGGAUUGCGCCUUCGUUAGACGUGGGUUUGCUAGUCGAAACCUGGCAACAUGGAGCCGGCAAUCUACCGAGUGAGUGUACCGGCCGCAGACACAGUGUGUUGAAUGUUCGCGAGGUAACGGUUGGUCCACAGGAUCGAUUCUCCUCGUUGAAGGAUCACUCGAAGUGGGCCGUUAACGAAGUGUCUGAUGACGAACGGACCCGUGGGUGGAUUUGUGUCGGAGACAUCAACCGACAGGAGCAUCAGAAGCAGCGUGGCGGCGGAAGUGUUUGCAGAGCAUCCGAGAAACUUGCCGCGCUUUACAGAGGUAUGAUCGAUGAAAUGGAAGCCUGUCCGAAACAAGGCGUCGAACCGGCCGAUCCCAAAUGA